CCAGGUCCCGCGGAAGCCGCAGCUUCGCAGGCAGCGGGAGCCCCUCCCGGGAGAGGCGCCGCCGGAAUCCGGGACAGGGUGGGGCCGCGAGGACAGCGAGCAGACCCCUCCCUAGUCGGGCCUGACCGCCGAGGGGGAGCUGAGCCGCACUUCGCACCGAGCCUUUCAUGUUCAUGGUCGGCCCCUGCGUGGAUCCUCUCCUUUGUCGAGCAGUGUUUCAGCCAGAGCGGUUUACAAAGGGCUCAUUUCCUCGGGAUGCGGGGCAGGACUGAAAUUGCACUUCGUGGGGUGAUGUUCUUUUCCCACAGUUUGAAAAUACGAUUUUAUGGCAGGCCAUUAUUUUGAUAAUCUUUUCUUCGGCUGAAAACAGUGAUAACUGUCUUGUUGGCACAUUUUUAGGCUCGGUCUCCAUUUUGACUAAAUCAAAAUUUUCAUCAAGUGCUUCUCUAUGCAUUGAGACAUACACUUCACCAUCAGAGCAGUGACUCCACUCGGCCCUGUAGCGGCAUUGACCCCGACCAUGUGGAUGGCUGUGGAGAGACCUUUGGAAUGUUUGGCCACGUUGGCUUCAGCGGGCUGAAUUGUGGUCCCAGAUAGAGACUGAUUCCUUGGAAGUCCUUCUUCACAGCCAGUAUGGAGUCUUCAUUGCUCAGGGGAGUCUUUCUAUCGCCAACUCCUGCACCAAACAGGUUUCCAAGACUUCCCAAUGCUGAUGAAAUCCAGUAAAGAAUAUUUUCAGGUCAGUCGCAAUCCAACCAACCUCUUAUGCUGAACAUGUUUAAGAUAUGCUGGAGCAUCUGGUGGAGGCCACUGGCAGUCUGAACCUUCUGGAACUUGCUGCCAUCUACUGAAACAAAAGAAAACGAUUGGAACCAGCUAACUGUCCAUCAGUAGGGGAUUGGUUAAAUAAUUUAUGAUACAGCCAUUUAUAGGGAAACAAUAUAAAGUUCUCUACUUACAAAUAUGGGAAGAUCUCCAAGUGAAAAAAAAGUAGGUGCAGAACAGUGACUAUAGGUUGCUAUCUUUUACAUGAAAAUAGAGUAUAAUAAAAUGUUAUAUUCUUACUAGUUUGCACAUGCAUAAAGAAACUAGACAGAUUUAAAAGACAUGAAUCCCUUCAGACUGUGGAAAGUGUUGGAAGAAAUUGUGUCACAAUGUACAUUUAUUCAUAUGCCGAAAUUUAAGUUUACUACGAAAGAAAUUCAAGCUAAUAAAAAUAUUCAUAAAGGGAAGAAUAGAGGGGAAACGCACAAACAUUGCUGGUGACCACAUUUUGGGAACAUUUUUAUAUGUCUUGAGUCCCAUCCUUAGGAUUUAUCCAAAAACGGGGGAAAGUUUUGUGCCUAGAUUUUAUAAGUUUAUUAGAGACUAUAAAAGAAUGAAGUACAAGAAGUUAUAUAUAUUCAGGAACAAAUAAUGGGCAAAGGAAACUAUAGUAUGUAUAUUCAUUGGAAAGUUGUAUAGCCACGUAAAGAUGUGUGAGCGGGAAACAAUUACUGAUGAUGGAAUUGCAUUCUGAGGACAAAAUUUAGGCUACGUUAUUCACAUAGCGGGGUUACAGUUUGGUUACUCAGAGACACACGAUGUAUGUUUCAAGUGAUUAGUAAUUUGAAAAUAUGAACCCAAGUUAUAAUUGAGGUGUUAUUAUGUUGUGCCGGAUAGAAAUCACAGCUAACGUGCUUUCUUGAGGCACAGUGUUAAGCAUCUUCCUCCUCCGCCCCCUCUACUGCCCCAUUUCUUUUCAAUUCAUACAAAAGCCGCAUUUCAUUGUUAUUCCAAAGGCAGAAGCCAGGAAGUACAAAUCUUAAAGAAAAAGUACGAAUUGAGGAGGAGAGCUCGGAGGCCGCGACACGUUUAUACCACACGCGCGGCGUAACAUUCGGUCACCCGUUCCGGCCCAUUGAAUCCCACCCACGCAGCGACCCAGAGAGGCCCGGCUCGCGGCCACACCACACCCCUCCUCCUCCCCAACCCCCGCCCUUUGCGUCUCCCCCGUCCUUCCUCCCCAUCCCCCAUACGUCCGCCCACUGACGAGGUCGGACGGCUGCGCAGCCGCAGUAGCUACCGCGGCCGCUCCUAGCCCUGGGGAUCCUGGGACGAGGCCUUUCCGGAAGGAGCGGCUCGGCGUCCGGGGCUAGGCCCUUGUUCCAGGCCCGGGCUCAAGCCAGGCCCUCGUUCCAGGCCCUCGUCCUAACACAGCUCUCCGUAGCCGCCGCGACGCUCUGGUGACAGCGGAGGGCGCCGCGGGCCGCUCGCUGAGGUGGCCGGCCUCGCCGCCAAGCGAGCCGCAGUACGUGGCGGCGCCUCCCCCUUGGCCCGGAGCGGAACUGCUGGAGGAGCGGCAGCGCAGGCCGGACGGACCAGGUGAACCGGGUCACUUAACAGCCUUCUGGUGAUGAAUCAUCUGCGUGACAGUCAGAUUUGAGGUCCACAGCCCUUUGUGGUCCUGCUAUCGGACAGUUUUCAGUGGAUGACUGACUGGUGUGAUCUGAGGGGUGCCGCAGGGACUGCUUGCCCUUGAUAAGGAAAGCGAGCUCCCCGGCUCUUUGGACGGCCUCGUUUCCUUGAAAGCUUUCAGAUUAUAACUUCUUUCUCCGGCACAGAUCUGUGCAAAAGGAAGGCUUUCACACAUGAAAGUGUCUCUUGGUAACGGCGAAAUGGGCGUCUCCGCCCAUUUGCAGCCUUGCAAGGCAGGAACCACACGUUUUUUUACCAGCAAUACUCACAGUUCGGUGGUAUUGCAAGGCUUUGAUCAGCUUAGAAUAGAAGGAUUGCUUUGCGAUGUGACACUGGUACCGGGUGAUGGAGAUGAAAUCUUCCCCGUUCACAGAGCUAUGAUGGCGUCUGCCAGCGAUUAUUUCAAGGCUAUGUUCACGGGGGGAAUGAAAGAACAAGAUCUAAUGUGCAUUAAGCUUCAUGGGGUGAACAAGGUUGGUCUGAAGAAAAUAAUUGAUUUUAUUUAUACUGCAAAACUUUCUCUUAAUAUGGACAAUCUUCAGGACACGCUUGAAGCUGCCAGCUUUUUACAAAUCUUACCUGUUUUGGACUUCUGUAAAGUAUUUCUUAUUUCGGGAGUCUCUUUAGAUAACUGCGUUGAAGUUGGACGAAUUGCUAACACCUACAAUCUCAUAGAAGUGGAUAAGUAUGUCAAUAAUUUCAUCCUGAAGAAUUUUCCUGCAUUAUUGAGUACUGGAGAGUUUCUAAAACUCCCUUUUGAACGGCUUGCCUUUGUGCUUUCCAGUAAUAGUCUUAAGCACUGUACUGAACUUGAGCUCUUCAAGGCUGCCUGUCGCUGGCUAAGGUUGGAAGACCCUCGGAUGGAUUAUGCUGCAAAAUUAAUGAAGAAUAUUCGAUUUCCAUUGAUGACACCACAGGAUCUCAUCAAUUACGUGCAGACAGUAGAUUUCAUGAGAACAGACAAUACCUGUGUGAAUUUGCUUUUAGAAGCUAGCAAUUACCAAAUGAUGCCAUACAUGCAGCCAGUGAUGCAGUCAGAUAGAACUGCCAUUCGAUCUGACUCGACGCACUUGGUCACAUUAGGAGGAGUUUUGAGGCAGCAGCUGGUUGUCAGUAAAGAACUGCGGAUGUAUGACGAAAGGGCACAAGAAUGGAGAUCUUUAGCCCCCAUGGAUGCUCCUCGUUACCAGCAUGGUAUUGCUGUCAUUGGAAACUUUCUUUAUGUAGUCGGUGGUCAAAGUAAUUAUGACACGAAAGGAAAGACUGCUGUCGAUACAGUUUUCAGAUUUGAUCCUCGGUAUAACAAAUGGAUGCAGGUUGCAUCUUUAAACGAAAAGCGCACAUUCUUCCACUUGAGUGCUCUCAAGGGACAUUUAUAUGCUGUUGGUGGGCGCAGUGCAGCUGGUGAGCUGGCCACAGUAGAAUGUUACAACCCAAGGAUGAACGAGUGGAGCUAUGUUGCAAAGAUGAGUGAACCGCACUAUGGCCAUGCCGGAACAGUGUAUGGAGGCUUAAUGUAUAUUUCAGGAGGAAUUACUCAUGACACUUUCCAAAAUGAGCUUAUGUGUUUUGACCCAGAUACAGACAAAUGGGCACAGAAGGCUCCAAUGACUACAGUCAGAGGUCUGCACUGCAUGUGUACAGUUGGAGACAAGCUCUAUGUCAUUGGUGGCAAUCACUUCAGAGGAACAAGCGAUUAUGAUGAUGUUCUAAGCUGUGAAUACUAUUCACCAACCCUGGACCAGUGGACUCCAAUUGCUGCUAUGUUAAGAGGUCAAAGUGAUGUUGGAGUUGCCGUCUUUGAAAAUAAAAUCUAUGUUGUAGGUGGAUAUUCUUGGAAUAAUCGUUGUAUGGUAGAAAUUGUCCAGAAAUAUGACCCAGAGAAGGAUGAGUGGCAUAAAGUUUUUGACCUUCCAGAGUCUCUUGGUGGCAUUCGAGCUUGUACUCUCACAGUUUUUCCACCUGAGGAAAACCCUGGGUCACCUUCUAGAGAAUCACCUCUUUCAGCACCUUCAGAUCAUUCUUAGGACUAACAUGUAAUACCUUUACAGCGCAUCAUGGAUGAUCGCACACUUCCCCUUCAGUUGUUAUCUUCUUACAGCGAUUGGUACAGUUAAUUAGAUAAGUGGUAACUGAUGUUAUUUGUAUUGUUUGGCUUAGUGUGUUUAUCAUAUGGUUAACAAAUGUAUUCUGAAAAUGUAUUCAACAUAGCCAGCUGUUUUAACAGAUGUAAGAAGAUAGGUAGCGAACUGUUUUAGAUGUCUUUGUGGCGUUGUGUAAGUCAAAUUGUAGGUGAUCGUAGUAAAUGUGUAACUGUGUUCAUUAUGCUUCAAAGUGGAGAGUUUUCAUCUUUGACUUCGAAACAUCAAAGGGAGGCUGCCUGCUCUAACCUAAAAUAAAAGGUCGCCAAAUACUAUUACCUACGUCCCUUUUUUCAUAUAGUUUUUGACAUCGUUGCCAAUUCACCAGAUCAUGUGAGUGCAUUCAGAGUAUGUGAAGUUUCUUAGAAAUAAACAGUAAAGCCCUAAGUCAGGGUUUUGUAUUUCUCUCAGAGAGGGAAAGGGAGAGAGAAAAUAUAAGCUCGUGUGCUCACACACACGCAUACAUACAUGUGUAUAUACGUUCGUAUGUCCACACAUAGGCACAUCUAAUUUUUAAAUUGAUAUUUCAUCUGUAGGGAAAUUGUUUUUAAAUUAAUUUUUUGUUCUACCUAGCAGCUAUGUAUAUUCAAAUGGGAAUUCAGUACCAGAGAAUAAGUGUCUGUACUGAAUAAGAGAAUAAGAGUCAUACUAAAUUGAGACAGAUAAGGGCUACAACAUAUUAAAUUGACCACCAAAUUUGUCAUUUGACUAAAUUGUCACUUCAGGUGAAACUUCUUUUACUUCUUCUGCUUGUGAAUUCUGUGGAGUUGCUUUUAUACAGGUUAUUUAGCAAAGUUCAGGUUUCCGAGAAUUGGUUUAGCUGAGUAAAUGUAAGCUGUGCUAUUUUCUACCUUUUUAUUCGGUAAAACUUACAUGAAGACAGCUGAGAAAGGAAUAUGCUGAACAAAACUACAGGAUUUUAAGUUCGGUUUCCCAACUUAGUCAUUCUAACAUGAUCAUUUGAUUUGGGGUGGUUGCUCCAGCUUUGUGUGAUCUGCCUCAAGGCUGUGAUUUGAGCAGGAGAGAUACAGUCAGUUCUGUGUCGAAUCAGAAUAAUGUCCUUUUGGCUAUGUCUAAAGAACAGGACCAACUUCAGAUUCCCUAAGAAGCCAGCUACAGAAAGCUUAGGACUCUGCUGUCUUUCAGGCAGUACUAAAGUCGAUGUUAAGCCUUUAAAAUACCAAGGGCAUCCCUCCUGGUUGCGAAUCACAUGGGGAGAUCCUAGUGAGACUUUUUCAGCAAAAGGAGUCCUCUUUAUGUAGUGAGUGAUUCUGGAGAGGUACUUUCCUAGAAUAAUUGCCUACCCGAAGAAAAAAUUUACAUAUGUACUUUGACAUACAUAUGAAUAUGUAUAUCCCUACACUUGGGAAGUUGUCAUAGUAUAAACCAGGAACAAUCUUUUUAUUGACAAUCCCAUAAUAAAACUCAGGAACCAAGACAAGAGGAAUUGGCUUCCAGGGAUCUGAACCUUACUGCCCAUACAAGUGUUGAUUCAUUUUAAUGCUUUUUAUGAUUUCUGCAUUGGCAGAAAAUUUCAUACUUUCUAUGUUUUUUUAAAUGACUAAUUUUUUAUUACUAAAAGUAGCACAUUGAGUACACUUAGAAAAUAGAGAAAGUAGAAAUUGAUGUAAACUUUGUGCAUUGAAUAAGCAAGAAAUGGCAUCCCAAUCAUUUCUUUAUUAAUAAGGUUAAAUAUUUGUGUGGUUUCUUUUGAGUAGCUGUGUUUCCUGUGUUUGAAUGUUCAUGUCUUUUACCCUUGUGAUGAUACCUAUUGGAGUUGCUUUGUUUUUUCAUACCAAGUUAUAGGCUCUCUAUAUAAUAAAUGUAAUUGAACUGGCA